UACGACCGGCGCAGCGCCACGUCGGCAGAGACGGACACGCUGUUUCAGACUCAUCAGUUAUGAGUUAUUGAGUGAUUCUGAGAGGAAUGCGCUGAAAUAUCAAACUGCACGAGACACGAGAGAGAGAGAUCACAAUCAUGGUGAAGAGUGUGAAUUCAGAGGUUCAUCUGAGCAACACAACAUAUGAAACAGAAGAAACACAACACAUACACACAGAGCCGUCUGCAGAUGGCGGUAAGGAGCACCCUGUAGCUCCGCCCGGGAUGAUUUGGCGGGUGACCGGUGGCCUUUUCAGCGCCACCAAGGGCGUGGUGGGAGCCACGGUGGGCGGAGUCACAUGGCUAGGCAGCAAAAGUCUCGAGAUCACCAAAUCAGCUGUGACCGCUGUCCCGUCGGUGGGCGUCGGCCUGGUGAAAGGCGGAGUUUCUGCGGUGACAGGAGGCGUGUCCACUGUGGGGUCAACAGUAGCCAAUAAAGUGCAGUUUACAGGAAAGAGAAAAGACAAAUCAGAGUGAUGAUGAUGUCAUGCAUGAGGACAUUGGGCUGAUGCAUUUUUCUGACACGUGUAAAGAUGACGGAAACUGUCAAUCAAUCACCAGCAGACACAUUCCACGGGAGAAGUUUACUUGAGAGUGCCUGAUGUUUUUUGAGAGGUUUGUUUUGAUUUUUGAUGUCGUUUCUUUUUUUUCUCACAUCAUGUGUUUCAAAGACACAUUGAUGAGUGAUGUUUACUGCAAUAUAUAUUGUUUGAAUAUAAUAAAGUCAUGAAAUGAA